GGGCUGCACAAGAGCAAAGGCGUAUCGCACUGCAGCGUGUACGAGCCUCCGAACAGCGCUGCGCUGAUACCCAUCGUGCCUUUGUCGAUGCCCGCCGUGCAUUUCUGAACGAACCGAUAAAGCCGAAGAACUGCAAGACGUACCGAUCAGCUGCGAGACGUCGCAGCCGCUGAGGACUUGUGUAGUCACCUACGAGCACAGCAGCACAUUCCGACGAGCGCAGUACUGUCAUAUUGCAAUGCAUAUCAUGUUCAAUUCGCAUCCCCCCGGUCCCUGAUUUGAGCGUGCACAUCCGGUAGAGUUGCAUAUGAGACUUGAUCAUGCGGCAUCCAUCAGUACCUCACUAGCUCUAUCGAUACCACCUCCCAGAGCUCGCCUUGAGCGAUCGAAGCGGAGACAAGACUCCUCGCGUGAUGACGCCAACGAGCCCCUGAGUCCUCGUCGCGAGACAGAGAUAUGUCAGCCACGCAGCACCUUGAUGGACGAAGCGAUCGCAGUCAGACAGACGCUGCUGCGUGACUUUCGCCUCAAGCUUGCACGCUCGAAAGCACGGCUGAUUGGCGGACGAGCUCGCCACGGUCAGGAGCUGUCGAAUGUUCGUGACUUGGAAGCUCGAACGAUGAGCAAGCGAACCGAAAUUUUGAAUACAAGAGAGCGACUGAAAGAAAACGACCCCUCCCAGCUUGCGACGCUGCUCCUCGACUGGCUUGCACAACUCGACGAGAUACUCAUGCAGUGUCAGCAGCAUGCAGAGACGCUCAAAGGAAUCUUGAGAGUCGACGAUGAUUGUCUACAGAGUAUCGACGUCCACUUCGCUACCCUGCACGCCGCACAAGCGCACUUGGCGGCUCUGAUUGCGAACCAGCACAGACAGACGACUGCUGCUGCUGCUUUGCGACCCGUUCGCACACGAAAGUGUCGAUCGUGGACCGAAUUCCGGGCAUUCUGAUGGUAUGGUCCGAACGGGUAUGUGAAGAUGUUCGCUGACGAGCGGCGGGUACAGUAUUAAC